CGCUUUAUGUUACCAAGGAAACGGAAUUGUGUCAUAGUGACAUUUGUGAUUGGCUGCGGUGAUGCCUUUAAGGACCCUCCGAGUCUGAAUGGACUUUGACGGACUGACUUGCUGAGCUGAACGGACGCACAUUAAGGCUGCGGCUAAUGGACUGCUCCACGCACACGCACGCACACGCGUUCCAUGAAGAGGCGGGAGCGAGUGCGGAGGUUCACUCUGCCGCUCACUCGCUCGCUCGCUGGAUGCUGCGCACACGCGCAGGACGCGCACGCACAGACGGGCGCACGCAGGGAGUGACCAAACAGCCUGCACCAUGAUGAUGAUGCCCAAGAGGCCUCAGACGUCCCCGGGCAGCGUGCUGUCUCUGCGAGGUGGCGCCAGUGUGCCGGGAUCCCCCGCCGCCGCCAUUGUGGCCCGGGUGGACGACGGAGUGAUGGUCUACAAGGACCUGGCGGCUCUUCCGCGGGACAAAGCUAUCCUGGACAUCGAGAGACCGGACCUGAUGACGUAUGAGGUGCACUACAACUACAGUCCACUGGAGGUGUCGCAGUCGCUGUCUCCCGGCUCAUUCUCCCCUCCGACCUCCCCAGAGGAGUCCAGGGCGUGGCUGGAGAAAAGUUCUCCUGCAGGCUCCUCGCCUGCUUCCAGCGGCAGGAAACGCAGCGGCAACACAACGCCAUCUCCACACACACAACACACACUGCACACCGAACACACACUACUUACACAAAACAUACACCCUUCCAAGAUCUUGCAACACUUCCAUAGGCCUGACAAUGGAAGUAACAUCUACAGGAAACCUCCCAUCUACAGAAGAGGCGCGUCGUCGUCAGCGCUCCCUGCAGGGAAGCACUUGGAAGAUCGCAUCAUAGAGUCGUCAAAGUUUCCUGCCGCUGAGCCUCCAAAUCCAAACGCUCCCUCCAAGAUCGAGACGGAACAUUGGCCCUGCCCCCCGUCCGCCGCCGUCUUUGAGAAGGAGAAGGCCUAUCGUCGGAGUGAGGGUAAGCAAGAAGAGGAGGAAGACGAGGAGGACGAUCAAGUUUGGGGUUUGCGAGCUCUUCACAGGCAGGAACUCAACAAGAUUCAGUCCAACCUGGGAAGGAUCAUCCUGAAGGAGGAGCUGGACAAGUCAGCCGCUCCUCUGAGGAGGAAAACUCGCUCGCUACCGGACCGCAGCCAGAAUGCAGGCGCUACCACGUUCACCUCUGUUUGUUUCCCAGCAUCUGGGGCAGGCCUGGCCAGGUUGCAAUCUACAGAAUUCAGCCCAUCAAAGAAGGCCGCCUCAGGUGUUCAGGUAGAGUGUGUCUUCAUCAUUGUGCGGUGUGUUGGCCACGUUGUGGUGAUGUUUGUGUGUUUGUGUGUUAGAACGGCGACGCCGCAAUGGACCGAGGCCGCUCACUGCCCAGCGUGCUCGAGCUCAAGACUUACCCGUAUGAGACGCUGGUGGUCAACCACAGAGGACGUAGUAAACUUCCUCCAGGCGUCGACAGAACGCAACUGGAGAGACAUCUGUCACGGGAAGAGUUCGUCAGCGUGUUCGCGAUGACGCCGGAGGAGUUUGAGCAUCUUUCUCUUUGGAGGCGAAACAACCUCAAAAAGAGGGCAUGUCUCUUCUGACUGCACACCCACGCUGCUGGAGACGCACCCUAUCUACACAAGCUAAAGCGCUGAUAGAGACGCUAACAUUAGCAUUAGCCAUCACUGCUAAACCAUGUUGAGCAGGCACCACAAAUGUUGUUGUUUACAACUCUGGGGGAAAAAAGAGCUAUUGGUGAGGCUAAUAUUAGCGUUAGGACAACAAUGCUGAUAUGAUUGCUAAAAUAUGUUGGGCAGUUGCCACAAACACUGUGGAUUCCAACUAAGAAAGCUACAAGUGAAGCUAAUAUUAGCAUUAGUGUGACAAUGCUAAUAGCUAUAAUGUGAAGAACUUGUAGUGAAGCUAACAUUAGCAGUGACUGCUAAAACAUGGUUGAAUCUACUCUUAAUGAAUGUUCUAAAAGACACGGUGAUUUCAUCUUCUGACGGCUACUGUACAGCUCUCAGUUAGCAUUCAGUUUAUCUUAGGUUAGCAUACUGACCGGGAAAAAAGGUGAAAUCGGCUGAGAGGAAGUCAUCUGCUUGUUUCGGAUUAAUGCAGGCGCAGACUGAUGACAUCACGUUCGUGUCUUGUCAGCCAUUUUGCGUCCUUUGCUGAGGGAGUCGUCACCAUUUUGUAUGAUGACGACAUUUUAGAUAUAACUUCACAAAAAAAGAAGAUUAGCUUUGUUUUGAUAGUUUUGGAGUAAAUAUAAGUCACCAACUAAAUGUUUGUUGUUUUAAUUUCUAAUUUUGGAUGCUUUUGAAAAUUAUGAUGAAUUUUGUGUUACACGGCUGCUGCAUGCACGAUCUUAACGUGAUGUGAUCAAUAACUAAUCAGCAUUGAAUGUGUGUGCUCUCAGCUCAUUUACAUAUAUUAUCUAUAAGGAAAUUACAGAGUCGUGCUGUUGUUUCUUACUGUAUGUGGAUGAUGAAUGUGAUGUGAAUGAUGAACAAUAAAACUUUACAUUUGUCAAA